GGAAGGACUAGAUCGUUCGGAAAGAUCAAGGUCCGAAUAGAAGUCUCCCAUCAUGAUGGAACUAACUUACCAACCCUAUAUAUAUUUUACUUAACUUCCCAUUUAUAUCAUUCUUUAUUCAACAAGCAACUUUGUACUUCCCUUCAACUGUCCAGUCAUACCACAUCCAACAAUUGUCCAACCACAAUAUUUCUUCACAUCAAUCAAAAGCACCAUGCUUUUCUCUAUCACGUUCAUCGCUAUCGCCAGUAUCUUGGAUCUUGCUUCAAGUCUGCCAACCAAAAGACAGGCAGGGCCAACCGAUGCAGAUAUCCUUCAAUAUGCCUUGACUCUGGAGCAUCUAGAGAAUGCUUUCUAUAAAAAGGCUCUGUCUGAAAUGCCAGAACAGAUGUGGCUCGACGCAAACUUUUCCUCUUCCUUCUAUAACCAGUUAAAAUACAUAGUGCAUGACGAAGAGGCCCAUGUCGUCUAUCUCCAAACUGGUCUUACCGCUGCAGGUGCCGUCCCUGUUGAAGCUUGUGAAUACAAGUUCCCAUUCACGGAUCCAAAGUCAUUUGUCGCUCUCGCUUCGGUCAUCGAAGGUGUUGGUGUUUCCGCAUACCUCGGAGCAGCAGCUGAUAUUACAACAAAGGCUUAUCUCACUGCAGCUGCUUCUAUCCUUGCCACUGAAGCUCUUCAUCAAUCCACUGAACGUAGCGCGAAUGGGGAGAUCCCAAUGGCCAAUCCCUUGUCGACACCACUUGGACUUAACGCCGUCUACUCCAUCGCAUCAUCUUUUAUUGUCUCUUGCCCAUCCACCAAUGCCGCCUUACCUGUAAUGGCCUACUCACCUCUUGCUCUCAAGUCUGGCUUGCCUACUGCGCCAGGUGCCAGUAUUGCGCUGGUACCGGAAGCCAUCCCAUCGGGAACCUUCUACACUACCUUCGUUAGCGGACUCGAUGCUAUCGCUGUUGAAAGUCAAGUCGGCAGUGAUGGUUUGAUCAUGAGUGUCGUUCCAAUGAGCAUCUCGGGACAAAGUUACGCCUUCUUAACCAGAGAUAAAUCGGGUAACUUGUCCGAUGCUAACAUCAUUGCUGGUCCAGUCAUUGUCGAGGUUACACCUGAUUCACCAACUUUUAGCUUGAUGAUUAUUUAAAACCUGCUUGAUCUUUUGCGUGGAGGAACUAAUGGAGGUAUAGAAUAAUAUUAUUGUUAUUAUUAUAUAUGUUUAAUAAUUAAUG